GUCUCUUUUCCCUUCCAACUCUUCCUUCUUCUCAUCAGGCACUUGCUGGUCCUAUGUCAGUCAAGCCUAGCUGGGGGCCCAGCCCCUCGGAGGGGCUCACCAUGGAGCCUGCCAACUUGGGAAAGGUUCAUAAUUGGACCGAACUGCUGUCCUUCUUCAACCACACGCUGUCUGAGUGCCACGUGGAGCUGAGUGAGAACACCAAGCGAGUGGUCCUCUUUGUCCUCUACCUGGCCAUGUUUGUGUUUGGGCUGGUGGAGAACCUCCUGGUGAUAUUUGUCAACUGGCGCUGCCGGAGCCGGGCAGGGCUGCUGAACCUCUAUGUCCUCAAUAUGGCCAUUGCAGACCUGGGCGUCAUCCUGUCUCUGCCUGUGUGGAUGCUGGAGGUCAUGCUGGACUACACCUGGCUCUGGGGCAGCUUCUCCUGCCGCUUCUCUCACUACUUCUACUUCGCCAACAUGCACAGCAGCAUCUUCUUCCUGGCGUGCCUCAGCGUUGACCGCUAUGUCACCCUCACCAACACCUCUCCCUCCUGGCAGCGGCACCAGCACCAAGGGCGGCGGGCCAUGUGUGCGGGCAUCUGGGUCCUCUCAGCCAUCAUCCCUCUUCUGGAGGUGGUCCACAUGGAGCUGGUGGAGGGCCUGGAGCCCAUGUGUCUCUUCAUGGCACCCUUUGAAACCUACAGCAUGUGGGCCCUGGUGGUGGCCCUGUCAACCACGAUCCUGGGCUUCCUGCUGCCAUUCCCUGUCAUUGCAGUCUUCAACAUGCUGACAGCCUGGCAGCUUUGGCGGCCAGGACAGCCCGAGGGCCGGCGCCACAGCCUGCUGGUGUGUGCCUACAUAGCUGUCUUUGUCAUCUGCUGGCUGCCCUACCACGUGACUCUGCUACUGCUCACACUGCACGGGACCCACAUCUCCCUCCACUGCCACCUGGCCGACCUGAUCUAUUUCUUCUAUGACAUCAUCGACUGUUUCUCCAUGCUUCACUGCGUCCUCAAUCCCAUCCUCUACAACUUUCUCAGCCCGAGCUUCCGGGGCCGGCUGCUGAACGCCGUAGUCCAGUACCUUCCCAAGGACCAGGGCAGGGCAGGCACACGUGCUUCCUCUUCCUCCUCGUUCACCCAGCACUCCAUCAUCAUCACCCAGGACUACCAGCCCACCACAGGCCCCCACCCCACCCACACCUGAACUAGGCAGCCUCUUUGCCUCCAAAUGCCUCACCCAUCUCUACUCCUCAACUUCUUAUAUCCAACUGAGGUAGAUUCCAGGCUCCUCCACCAGUGAUGCAAAAGGCUGGAGGCAUAGGUGUAAGAUGGGGGCAACAGGGAGAGGGUCAAUUUUGAAUAUAUCUUAAAACUCCAAAGUGGGGAGAAGGGGCAGGGAGGGGUAAGAACAGGUCCCUGGUGUUGUAUUGUUUGUCUUGGUCCUUGUAUUUAAAGGAGCCACACAGGAAGAAAAGGUGA